AUGCAGAGGCGCCAGAAUCCAAACAAUCAGACUGGUGGGGGACAGGGCUCCCGUCGAGAUUCAUCAGUGACCACCCCGAGUGUUACUGGACCGUGCCCCAGAUGCGGGGGUAGGCAUGCAGGGCAAUGCUGGGAGUGCUUUCGAUGCCACCGGUGGGGACAUAUUGCCAGAAACUGUCCAGAGAGUCAGCCGACACCUCCAGCUGGUCGUUCUACUGUUCCAGGGCGAGUCUAUGCGAUGACAAAUGAGGAGGCUUCUGCAUCUCCGAACUUGAUUCGAGGUAACAUUCUACUUGAGGGACAUGUUAUUUCUGCUUUGUUUGACUCGGGUGCUACGCACUCCUUUAUUUCUGUGGACUGUGCUUAG